AGAACUUCCUCUCCUCCCUCGUAAGUCUAGUUGAAGAAACUGAUCCACUGGUUCAUAGGUAUUGAUUUUGAUUGAUGGGGAAGUUUAUGGAAACGAAAGAUUGGUUCUUUUUGUAGGGACGGAUAGCAGUGGAUGGGCGGUGUUAUAGCAGGCACCACUUGGGGAAAAAGAAUCUUUGCCACCCUUAACAUCGCAUGAACAUGGUUUCUUCUGUGCAAUUGUUGGUCCGAGUCAUUCUUAAACGUUGCCAGGAUUAGAUAUUGUGCCAAAACAAGUUGGUUUCUGAUAUUUCUUCUGUCUGCAGGUGCUGGAAUCAGAAGACAAAGUGGUGUGGAAGGAACUUGAUUCUCUGUGUGUACUGUAGUAUUUUGUUUUUUUCUGUGUUGGAGUUACUGAAAUUGGAAUGGUGUCACUUGGAUGGCUGUUGUUCUUCUUCACUCUGCAGGUAAUUGCUCUUCACUUCACAGUAAGCUGUUCGUUUGUUGACUUAUUUACAGAACUACUAGCAACCCAUCGUUGUGAUGUGCCAUAAAGUUCAGCCUGUGAUGGGUUUAGACUUUAGAUGGAAUUUUGGAAUCAAGAGGAAAGUGAUGCUUCUAUCUUGUCAGCAGCAUGCUAUUGGUGGGUUAAUUAUGGCGAUUUAUCACUGUUGAGGAGGGGAGUGGAUGAACUGUUUUACUUUAGGGUUCUUUCAGAUGUUGAAACUCAAUAAUGGAGGCCAUAAAACACGGAGAUGUGGAGGGUGGGGAAUGGUAAUAAGUGCUCCUGUGAUCAUUGUAUGAUUGUUGUUCAUUUGGAGUGAAAUAUGUCACAGAACACAUCAGUGAAUCAAAUUUCAAAGAUGUGUUCUCCAAAACAUCCUACCUCGUCAUUCUUUUUUUUUUUUUUUAAUUGUUGGGUUUCUAACAAAUUCUUAUAUGAGCAAGUUUCGAUGACGAAGUAUUAGGCCCCAAUGACAAUUGUUGAAGAAUAGAGGUUGUUUGUAUUCAUUAGGAUGUCAUUCGCAUUGUAUUCUUCAUUAAGGUGGGAGUUACUUAAGUUCUUGUCGAUUAUUGGUUAAGUCGAUAAUAAUUAAUAUUUUGUUGGUUUGCAACUAACUAGUCAAACAGAUAAUGGACUAUCACACUAGAAUGAAGUAUGUGUAGUGCACUCACUUUUUUGGAUGCAUUCAGUGCACUCGCUUCAUAACCGUCAUUUUAAACAUGAGAUUUAUGUCAAAAUGAUGCCAAUCAUCACUUAUGAUGCGAUGAAGAAUAACGCACAUGAAUUUGCACAAAAACCAUUAAAGAUUUACUUUAAUUUGAAGAAUUUAGAAUUUAGAGAUUUAGGGUUAGGAUUAGGGUUUACAAGUUGGGGUUUAGGGAUAUAACUCAAAAUUGGAGAUCUAGAGCUUAGGGUAAUCUGCUAAUUAGUUAUUAUCAUAUGUUAUAUCAUCAUAUUACACUAGUUCUACAAAUUAAGAUUCAAAAUCCGACACCUUAAGACUAGUUUUUGAGUUAGGUGCAUUGAACGCACUCAUUUUGGUGAGUUCAGCGAAGUAGUCACCACCAUACAAGAAUAUAUUUAUAUUUUAUGUAUAAAAUGGAUUAAACCGAUAAAGUUCCUAUCGAACUAAUAAAUCUCAAACCUUUUGUUCACCGGCCUAAGAGGGUUACACUCGUUUAUCAACCUUUGCUAGAACCCAGAUUUUCUCGUAAAGACGAGAUUUUGAAAGCUAUUGGAAAGAAAUUGGAUUAUGACAGAAUCAUCAAAAACCUUGGCUAGAACCCUUGGUUCUGAUCCCUGAUCAGAUUGGGCUUUUACAGACUGGAUGGCGGAUGCACCUGUCUUCUUCGGCCUAAUUACAUGCCCUGAUUGGGCCACAGCCCAUAAAUCUAAUUCAUUCUUUUUAGUUUUUUCCCCACCUUCGUCUCGUCUCCGGUCGCCGGCGGUAAAAAACCCCCCAAAAAUUCACAUCCCCCGCGCCUUCCCAUCCCGCCCCCACAAAGCCGAAAAAGGAAGUGAAAGUGGAAAACCCGCGCCCUCACUAAACACUAGCUUCCAAAUCGCCUUUCUUGCUCUUCCCCUCGACGGUGACCCGAUGGAGAGGAACAGCGAGCCCCGCCAGCCGUACCCUGCCGGAGAAGUAGACCGAGGCGCCGGAGGCAAGUUCCGGAAGCGUCCAGCCAGGAGAGCUGCUGCUCCUGCUACGCCUUAUGCUCGGCCGCAGCAGAGCUUGGCACAGCGCACGCGGCCCUGGCUCUCCAAGCUCGCUAACCUAAUUUUGCCCAGCUACUUCUCCCAGUCGGCAAACGCCCUCCCAGCUCCUCCUGUUGUCGAACGGAGAGGAGAAGAUGAUGAUGACGAUGAAGAAGAAUUGGAUCAUGGUGAGUCCGGCAAUCAGGUUGAAGAAAAUGCGGGAAGGGAUGAAAGCAGUUUUUCAUUCAAUCAUCUGGUUUCGGGAUCAACUGACCUCGGUGGUGCUAAUGAAGCAACCAACGAAUCAAAUUCUCGUCGGGAGAUCGAAAGAGUUGAUGAACAGCAUACAGUGAAAACUUCUGAUCUUGGUGGUGACGGGGUUUCGGCAAUCGAGCAGUUACUGAAGAACAAAAGGUUUUCUAGGGGUGAAGUCAAUCGGCUGAUUGAGAUAAUCCAUUCAAGGGCUGCUAAUUCCCCGUACAAGGAUCAACAGAAGCAGAAUUCUGGGAUGUUUGGGCGGAAUGCUGAGUCUUCGGCUUUCCUUGAAGAUUCACAAUGGUGCAGAGAAACUGAGAAGAAGUACACGAGUUCAGUUACACAAGGCAUUAUCCAGCCUGCAGUUUGGGCUGAAACUUCCAGGAAGUCUACUGAAGUACAGCAUGAUGAUAUGAACAGAGCCACUUGGGGAGGUUCAACUCCUCUUAUCCAGCCGACUGUUGAAGAUGAAGUUGGUGCUUCACCAAUCCAAAUCGCCAAAGCGUACAUGCAAAAACGGACAUCAGAAUCAGGAUUCGGAUUAGAGGAUGCAGCUGUAAACGAUGAAGGGCCGUCAUCUCGUGGAGAUGAGCUGGCACUAAAACCGUUUACCCCUUCAUCUUCUAUUAGGCCGUCACCAUGCUGGGUACGAGGUCAGAGUGAGUAUGCCACACCCCUCAGCCAAAGAGGGAGAUUCGGGCUCCAAAGCUUUCCUAGGACCCCUUACUCUAGAGCUAUUGCCUCAAAAUCAAAAUCAAAGUCUAAGCCAAUUCAAUUGCAAGGGAACAGUGGAAGAUCCCUGAACAUGCCGUCAACUCCAUUCCAGCAGUCUCAAUCAUCCACUUAUGGACAGUUUAGUACCAGGGAAAGGAAGUUGGAUAUUGGUGAAGCAUCUGUUGGACCUAUCCGAAGAACAAGACGACAAGGUGCUGUAGAGCUUUCAGCUAGAGGAUCUCCCUUUGCCAGGUCAUCUGUGGAUACUCCUAAAGUUGAAAACUACGAUGUGCCAGAAGGGAUAUUUUCCGCCUGGAAGAAAGAAUCAGAAACAGGAAGAAAACCUUACUCUGAAGUCAGUACUCCUAUUUUUCCUUCACAUUCUAGUCAGGUAGCUCGCAAGAUAUUGGAGCAUCUGGACAGAAACCCAGUUACCCCAAAGCAAAAGUCUGAUGAAUUAAGGCUGGCUACUUCUUGGAAGAAGCCCGAGUGGUCUUCUGACAUGGCUGCUUUUACACCACCCGAGAAUGAUAGCUUGCCUCAAUUUUGGAUUCUUGGUUCAUCAGGAAAAUCUAAUCAAGCUGAUAACAAAAAGAAGUCCAUACAUUGGAGUGAAGAUAGAGGGAAGUCCCUUUUCAAGGAUCCUCAGGAUACCACUAGUGAUUUGAACGGAAAAUCCUCUGCUCCUGGCAUAACAAUUGGCAGUAAUGUUGUUGAUCCCGGGCCUUCACAAGUUCCAAGGGAAAAUGUGGAUUCUCAAAUCUUUAAAGUGAAUGAGGUGCCAAGUCUACAGAGGAAACCUCCAGCACAUUCGUCAGGAACUAGACAAGUUCCGCCUUCUAUUGCCAUUGGAAAGCGUGAACAGAAGUGGGCGUCUUCUGAUGGCAGCGCGAGUUUCAGUUUCCAAGUUCCUGCAUCAUCUACUGGCGUGCUCACCGAGCCUCCAACGCCCUCCAUGCCAUCUUCCUCUGCAAACGGUCUGCAUGAGCCGGAAGCUGGAGAACAGUCAAUCCCUACCUACAGCUUCGGCUCAAACAAGGGCACCACCCCUGCCCUUGUUUUCUCUUUCCCUUCUACGAGCAGCAGUAGCUCCCUGCCAGAUGGGGCAUCCGAUUUGAAAUUCAAGUUCGGAUCGGACAAGAGCAGUAGGGUUUCUUUCAGCUCCAUAGGGAAAGACUCUGUGUGUUACUGAUGAAAUUGAUUCGGUGUUCCUAGGACCUGUUUGGUUGUGUUAUUUCCAAAUUCCUUUCUUCCCUGAUAGUUGAACUCUUCCAGUUUUGUGAGAAGAAACUUGAAAGGGGGUAGAUGGUAUCUGGAUGCUUUAUGGGUCAUUCUUAUCCUGAUUUGGUGGGGGAGAAAAAGGGCUAUUCUGAAUGGUUCCUUGCUGCAACUCUGUUGGAGCUCUGGAGAUAAUAAACCAGAUGAAUGGAAAUUUGAGUUGCUAGUUUCUCUUUUCUUGUAUUAUUAAUUUAUUAUCUCAAACAAUAUCCAUUAGAAAGAGGAAUUCCAUAUGCGCAGGAAGCAAAAGCAUGUGAUUGAUUGAAGCCAUUUCUUGGAAUCAUAUGUAGUAGGGUUUGGUUGGUGGCUUCCAUUCCCAUUAUGGGGAGCACCAACUUCAUACAUAUGGUUCUGGUUUAUCUCUUUGCUUUGGAUGCCCACUUGAAAGGACAGGAUUGAUAUGGUUGCAGGAGAUGGAGAUGAUGUUUAUUCAAGCUUUGGUUGGCUUUUUACAUUAUAUAUAGAUCCCACUUCAAAAGGACCAUGAUCAUUGAGUGGAUGAAAAUGAGCAAUCUCAGAUAUGAUUGGAGGGGAGAAAUUGCAGUGGGCUCUCUCUCUCUUUUUUUUUCUUUCUUUCUUUUCAAUAUGGUUUUGGUGGAUUGUUGGAGAAGAGAAAGAGCCAUUAUAAAAGAGUAGUAGAGAGUGUGAUAGGGAUUGGUGAGGGAGGGAACAUAAAUAUUACAAUAGUAA